AUGCCCGAAUUUUAGUAUUUCGUCAUGACUCCAGCUAUCUUCUUGAUGCUCCUGUGAAAAGCAUUGCCGAGUGUGGCGAGGAAUUACUGCGUGAAGUAGAGCACUUUAGACAAACCGCGCAUGUAUGUUCCAAUCCUUAAGUACUAAAUGGAAAAAUAUAGAGCUUACCGAUAGUUUGAUUACAGGAGAAAAAAAGACCGAUAAUCUUCAUUGGACACAGUUUCGGAGGGAUAAUAAUCAAGAAGGUAUGUGAGAUACAGGAUUUAGUACCACAGUAGCUUAUCAAAUCUCUAGGCAAUCGUUAUAGCUCUUAGCCGUCCCAACUAUAAAUCUUAUCUUCCCAUCGCAGCGGCCACCAAGGGCAUUGUGUUUCUAGGAACACCCCACGACGGUUCUCCCUCUUCAUAUGUCGGCCAGCUCUUAGUUCGCUGUGGGUUUUACAUGGGUUCCAGCUCUGGAAUCAUGGAUUCUUUAGGUCACCAUUCGGAUGAGCUUCGCGAUCUGCACUCAGAGUUCGGAAUGGUCUACGACAAGGAAAAAAUCUGCUUUUAUGAAGCCUACCCAACCCGGAUGUUUGGCUUGCCUAUACCUCUCGUACGUAACCUUCGCUUUCAGCUUGAUCAAUCUAACCAGUUUCAUGCACUAUAGUUAGUUGUACCAAAGGAUUCAGCAACAUUUGGUAUGCAUGGAGAAAUACUUACCACGGAUCAUUCAGGCUUAAACAAGUAUAGUGAUGCUACGGAUACUAAUUACCUUACGAUUGUUCGUGCUUUAAGGGGCAUGAUUGAGAAAGAUAAGGCGGCGGCCGAUAUCGAGGAUUGCUUAGCACAUCUUAAGCCUGCAGACUAUAAAGCAAUGCUUACCAAAGUGCGCGAGCCCCUUGAAAAUACAUGUAACUGGAUAGAACCCGAACUGGACCAGUUUUUACGUCAGGGGACGCCUUCAGGUGGGUUGAUUAUCUCCGGAGGCCCCGGGACGGGGAAAUCAGUUCUAGCCCGGUUUGUGAUUGAAUAUCUACGAAAGAAAAAGGUCUCGGUCAGCUAUUUUCUAUUUAAGGAUGAGGUCCAACAGAAAACUACAGCCCAAGCAGCACUGGCGACACUGAUCGUUCAGAUUCUCAGAGAAAAUACCGACCUGUAUCCCCUGAUCAGAGAAUUUCACCUGGAACGAAGGGCUAUCAACCAGGACUGGACACUCGAGCUUUUAUGGCAAGCUUUUGCUAUCUUAAUAUCCCACCGAUCACUAAGCACCAUAUUUGUUCUGGAUGCGCUGGAUGAGUGUGAAGGCAGCUCACAAAUUAAACUUUUAGAAAAGUUUUCGGAGAGAGACAAUCACUUUGCUAGCCAUUUCAUCACUAUUACUCGGCCAUUGGAUCAAUUUCCUAUGCAUAUUUACCGGCAGAUUGACCUAAAUAACAGAGAUGAAGUCUGCAAUUCGGUAAAGAUAUUAAUUAAUACCGAGGUGGAAGCUUAUUUUCAAUCGACCACAUUCACCCAAAGCACCCGGGACGCUGUUCGUGCCCACCUUUGUGAGCACGCUGGGACCAUGUUUGUCUGGGUGGUGCUUGUUAUAAAGCAUCUAAACCGUUUCAAAAGGUCUAGUCCUGUCAAACUUCUAACUGAGCUUCGCAGCCUUCCAGUAAAGCUACUUGAGAUCUACGAGGAGCUCUUUACACGCUACCUGCAGGACUAUGGGCCUUCUAUCAAAAAAAUGCUGCCAUGGAUACUAUAUGCUCGACGGCCACUGAAAGUAAGUGAGGUGGAGGAGGCUUUUGCGGUUCAGGAUUUUAAGGACCGUGGAGAAACCGAGGAGGAGGUAUGGGAUGCUGAGAAGUGGAAACCAAGUGAUCUAAAGGGGGAAUUAAAGGAAAGGUUUGGUGCAUUGGUCAUCAUUACUGAUCAUACUUCCGAAAUCCGGCUUAUCCACCAAUCAUUGCGGGGUGCUUUACUUGACCCACGAGAUCCUCCGACAAAGCUUGCUCAAAUAUGCAAACCACCAAACGAAGAGCAUGCGGAAAUUGCCUCGGUUUGCCUAGAAUACUUGGCGCUUCCACAAUUCGGCUCGCUAAAGUCUCUCGACAUAGGCCCGUCUGGCUUCCAAUACCAAACUCGCACCGGCUUUCGAAAACAGGGCCCUUUUCUUGAAUACGCUGCACAGAAUUGGCCUUAUCAUGCUCGCCAGGCAGGUAGUGACAACCCCGUAGUCCUCCGCCAUUUUAAGCAUUUGUCGACCUGCCCCGGUGAAAACAUUGAUCUCGCCAAACAAGUGUGGUCACUGUCUAGAAACGUCCGAUUUUCCCUUGGAGAUUCUCCAGUUAUGCUAGCCAGCAGCGUUGGCCUUGAACAAUUAUCAAUCGCACUUGUGAACGACGGGGCUGAUAUUAAUCAGCUCACGGGAGACAAAGUUCAUCUUAUCCACCAGGCAUUCUACAGUGGCCAGUACAGGUUCAUCGACCUGCUCUUACAGAAGGGUGUUAAUCUGGACUUACGUGAUCGGUAUGGUCAAACUCCACUCCAUUUUGCGGCUCAAGGUGGUCAACUUGAAGGAGUCAAGAUUUUACUCGACCGCCAAAUCCCAGUAAACGACGCCGGUAUCUAUGGGUUUACUCCAUUGCAUCAUGCGGCUUCUCAAAAGCAUCCAGAUGUCGUACAAGCUCUGCUGGAUGCGAAUGCUGACCCGACGAUUAAAGACGCCAAAGGACAUACUCCUUUAGAAGUUUUAUCCAGUCGGAGUUUUUUUGCACGAACUGGUUCGAGCCAUACCAAUGAAUCCCAGAUUGUACAGCUUCUUGAUCAGGCGAUAGAAAAGUGGAAGGUAAGUACUAGUGAAGACAAAGGACACGGAUAUUGUUGGUAAAAAAGUGUUUUUAAAGUGUUGCUGACUGGCAUGGUUAUAGGAAACCCAAAGGGCCACGGCGCUGGAAGGCGAAGAAAAGGCAGUCAAAAGCGACGGAUCCAUAUUAGAGGUUAGGUCACCCUACGAGAGAACGCGCUAGGCAUCGUACUAAAAGCUAGCUCUCUAGAACUCGACCGAUGAUACGCACACGAGGGGGGGUGCUGGACAGGAGGGCUAGGAGGGACGAUAGGAGGCAGGGGCUAGCCUGUAAGGGGGAUUU